AUGGAGCACAUGUUGGCCGACAUCAUUUUGCAGCAGCCCCCUUCCGGAAAUUCCGGAGGAGGUUUGUGUCCACGCCUGGUGUGCUUUGUGUGCUUGCUGGCGACUGCAUUGGCGUUUUCUGCUACUGCGCUGGGGACCCGAGACAAGGAGAGACGCCUGUCAAAGCUCUCCGUCAAAUUGGUGGUCACUGGCCUUUGCUUCGUCAUCUGCGCCGCAUCAUGUACAUUUCUUACCUACUCCGAGCAAGUGAAAGCAUGGUGGUCCUUGGGGGCCUGCGCAAGCAGUUUGAUGGCUUUACUUGCCCCGAGCGCGGUGCAGAGGCGAUCGGAGGUGGAGGAGCAAAGCGAGUGGAAUGAGUGGAGCGAGCGGAAUCUGCUUCGAGCAUCGAGCACCACCCAGUCAGGAGAGGAUCGGACGCUUCGCACCACGAGGGCCUCGAGGAGGACGCGCUUCCAGUCGGCGCUGCAGGUCAUCCACGAGAAUGCCAUGUUGGCCAUCACGCCUGCUAGCCCGGAAGUGUCUUCCGAGAACAUGCCCAUGAUCAUUGCCGCCAUCCACUCGCUCGCCACACAGCGCAAGAAGUGGGGAAGGCGCCCCAAUGACACCUGGGGGAAAUUUCUGACCAAGUUGGAUACAAUUCUGGGCCAAAAAAGUGAGAGACCAAGCCGAUCCAGCCAGUCUAGCCUCUUGAUCCCAUCGGGGGCUUGGUACGAGAUCAGCCGCUGGUGCGCGCGUCGCUCGCCGCACGAGCUUCAGUCCAUUGUUGAGACUGCGAUCAAGUUGCACCGGGCACCGGGAGAGGAAGUGUUGUGGGAACUUGGCAGGACUUGGAUUCCUCCAAGGAAACCGGUAGAUACGCUGGUGCCCGCCGACGCGGAGAAGCUUGCGGAGUUGCUGAUGCGCCUGCAGGUUGCCAUCGAGCGGCCACUUCGGUCCUUCUCGGAGCACUUGAAGCCCGCGCUUGCUCGACGAAUCCACGUCGGGACGAUGGACUACAUGGGUGGCUCGCACGAGUCGUAUCGUCGAACGUUUGAGUUCAUUGAGAUGACAAACACAUGGCAUGACGUGGACACGCCAACCCGAGACAUCGGAGACCUAUACAGGAAGAAGCUGAAGUGUUCCUACAAGGAUCCUUCCAUGUACAAGGCCUUGGCCGCCCGCGCAGCGGACAAGCGCGACUCCUUCCGGAUGGUGGUGAAGGUGAGCUGCGUCGCCACCCACCUCAUGAAGCUGCAGAACAUGUGGGAGUGGUGGCCGACGUUGUGGCAAGAGAAAUACCAGUACCUGGCACCUGCCACCGUCGCGUUCUUGUGGCAGUUUCCGCCCAGCUUCGUCUACAGCCACGAGCUGUACCAAAGGUUUGAGAGGCUCGUGGACUUCUUGGCCCAGGAGGGCAGCGGCGUUGCCAAGGCCCGUCACAUCGUGGACUUCCGGGACGGCAGUUGGUACCGCGAGGAUGUUUACGACUUUCUCAGGGCCAGGAAGUGGUGCCUCGCGUGGCUUCAUCUGAACAAUGCGGGUGGAUGGGCUUCGAAUCUGCCCAGUGGUUGGACGGACCGUGUCCAGACCACGAACUUCUGCUUCUGCCGGCUCUUCGGUCCGGACGGGCAGACCCACGGCACCUACGACAAUAAGUUUCUGCACGAGCUCUUUGACAGCUGUCCACAGGGUACAACCACGUACGUCCUCUUUGGAAACAAGGCUCCCCUCUUCAGUGUCACGGUGGAGGAGGGAGAAUCCCAUGAGCUGCGGUGA